AUGUUAAUCAAGCAAAUUCCAGCUUCAUCCUCAUCCUCAGAUGUCGGUGCCGAGAGUGGCGACCGAGAAACCUCGAUCCAAGCCCAUACUGAAAACCCUAAUCCUUCUACUCCAAUCACCCCUUCACCACAAACCAGCGCCGCCGCUCCACCUCCAGCGGUAGAUGAAGAAACCCUGCGGCGCCUCGAUAAAAUCCUCCGAAGUAUACCCUCCGAGCUGGACGAUGCAGCCGCCUACGCCGUACUCAAAGCUAAACUUGGGAUUUCCCGGUCUAAAGGUCCUACUUCACCUUCUGAAAUAAAAAUCCUUCCUAGCUCUCCUAUAUCACCUUCACCAACUACCAUCCAACCUUCCCCACCGUCUCUUCCCAAAACCACAUCUACCGCCCAACCUCCACCUACAUUCCCCAUUCCUAGCUCUCCUACAUCACCUCCACCUUCAUCCCCCAUCCAGCAAAUGCAAACCAGUGAGGAUACCUCUGACAAGGAAGGUUGGGGGGAGAAUUAUGGGCAGCCAUUUGCUAUUCCGUCGCCAGGAAGCAGUGGCGCCUCUACUUCGAUCCAUGAGCCGCAAUUGACUAAGGGCAGCGAUGUUAACGACGAGGAAGUAGAGGACUUACGCCCAUUGUUCGACUAUGGGGAGGCGGAGAGAGAGGAGGGACCACCACUCCGUUAG